AUGAGCCCAAAAGAGGACCCGUCGCUCAAGAGACGCGAGUCUCGUUCGGGAUCAAGGAAGGUCUCUUCAUUGUCGGCUGAGCAGCUGGAAAGAAAGCGUGCCAACGAUCGAGAGGCGCAACGGUCCAUCCGCCAACGAACCAAAAAUAAUAUAGAACAGCUUGAGGCUCAAGUCUCCAGCCUCCAAUCCCAGAUAGAAGAUAUGCGGUUCCGGACUGAGAGAUAUGACGAAGUCAUACAACUAAAUGCCACUCUGGAAGAUGAAGUGAGCCGAUUGAAGCGUCAAAUUGCUUCUUUCACUGGACGACCUGAAUUUGCAGGCAGCAUUGAACAAGUGGCUCGGCUUCGAAGCGGAUGGCCUCUAGAGGAAGUCCCGAAUAAUGCCUCGCCCAUCAUCCCCACGACGGGGUUGCUCUUGUCGCCGCAUUUCUCAGAGGCAUCUCAGCCUCGAACAUCAUCUGUUCUCUCAUCGUCGAGCCGGGCAUCUCAUCCACAUGACUGGCAACGGCCAUAUCCAUCAACCAGGUCACCAUCGCUUGGGGAAUCUUCCGAGGACUUUCCCAAUCACCUCGAUCCAUACGUUAUAGAUGGUCAAGUUCAUCAGGGGCCAAGAAUCUUGCCUCCUUCGAUUCCGAAUUCAGCACCUCAGAUGGGCUUUAGCGCAACCUCCGCGCCACCUCAAGUUGAAUCUUCAUUUGCCCAGUUUCCCUACAGCAACCGGUCACUUUCCAUGUCUAAUGCCACACCUGUUAGUCAGCCAGCUCCUUCUCAAGACUACCAGAUUGAGGCGCCGCCAUAUUCGCAAUCUAUACAGCCCCAACGAGACUUGACAUUUCCCUAUCCAUGGGGCCCCCAGUCAUAA